UAAGCUUAGCUAUAGCUCCGAACUAUUUAGCAAAGAAUUGUACGAAGUUAAAGGGUAUAAUUGGGGUGUAGAAGUUAAAAGGUUGAAGGAGAGGGAUGUCGGGGGCACAAGGAGCACAGCCAAAGGGAUCUCUAACACCAACCACAUAUGAAUCAGUUGAUCAGAAAGAGGAGGACAAGCCCAAAACGGAACUCCAUUCCCGUGAAGAUGAGCGCGGAAUUCAAAUUGAUAAAAUCCAAGACAAGGUGAAAGAUGCCGCCGGCUUAGGCGGUCCUGUUUUUGGUGCUGGCAAGGAAGAGAACAAACAUGACUUGGGCGUUACCGGCACCGGCUAGUGAUACUAAUUUAGAAUAUAUAUGAAGUCUAGUUUUGUCAGUUGUAUUAAUACAAGUUCUUUUGGUAGUGGUCUUGCUGUCUCCUACUAUGUUCAUCUCUUUGGGGCUUGAAAUAAUCCAAAGUUGUUAAAGAAUGACAUGAGUAUGACGCUUGCUUUAAAA